CCCUGUUGGGUGAGAUAUCCUGGCAGUUGCCACAGCCUGGCCUGAACGCUAUCGGGCGGAGCGGCCUGCCUGGUAUGUUCACUCUUUCAUCUGUCCUGAAGAGAUAGAUGACAAUCCCCUCCCUUGCGCUCCCCCCUCCUGUUCGGACUGCAGCUCUAUGGGGCGUGUGGCACAGGAGAAGAGGCGGAGCGUCACGCUUAGCCUGGUAAUGCCUGGCAGACACCCCAGCUGCACUCCACACGGUCAUACCAGACAGCAGCAGGAGCAAGAGGAAGAGACCGGGGCACCCCAGAGGUCCUUCAGCAGUGCAGCAGGAAGUGGUGUCUGGCAAUGGAUCUGACCUUGGGAAUGGAGGCUCAGGCUCUUCUAGAAGACAUGCUGGAGAUCACUUCCCAGAAUCUGGUACACAUGGAAGUGACUGAGCACUACCAGGUCGUCAAGGAGCUCGGCAAGGGGAAAUAUGGGCAGGUGGUGCUUGUGACGCACAGGAAAAGGGGGACCCCCAUGGCUCUCAAGCUUCUGCCUAAGGCCAGCACCAAGCUGCAGAACUUCUUGUACGAAUAUUGCGUGGCCCUCUCGCUCUCUGCCCACCCCGCCAUCAUUGGCAUGUUUGGCAUUGCCAUAGAGUCCAGCCAGCACUAUGGCUUUCUGUAUGAGGCAGCCCUGCAUAGAGAUCUCAUCUCCAUUAUCAAGCCAAAGGCUGGUAUCCCGGAGCCGGCAGCCAAACUCUGUGCCAAACAGCUGGUAAGCGCACUGGAAUUCAUCCAUAGCCGAGGCCUUGUGUACCGAGACGUCAAGCCUGAGAACAUCCUGCUUUUCGACCGCCAUUGCCACUGCAUCAAACUGACAGAUUUUGGCCUGACACGACCCCAGGGCACCCUGCUGCGUCUCGUGGCUGGGGUAAUCCCCUACACUGCACCCGAGCUGAGCCGUGGCACUGGUGACACCCCAGGCCUGCCCAUUGAUGCCAGCCUGGAUGCUUGGGCGUUGGGAGUGCUGAUCUUCUGCUUACUCACUGGUUACUUUCCUUGGGAGAAGACACUUCCUGAAGAUUCCUUCUUUGAGGACUUUGUGAUAUGGCAAGAAUCUGGUCUGGAUGAAGACCUGCCCUUUCACUGGCGCCCACUCUCAAGUGAUGCCAUCUCUAUGCUGCAGAAACUCCUGGCCUUGGAACCAACCAAACGCGGGCCCCUUCGCUGUGUACUCAGCUACCUUGACCGACCGUGGCGAGCAGAGGUGGUGGUGGCCAAAGGUCACUAGCAACAACAUAAUUGUACCGAAAUGAAUUUCAUAGGUGCGGAAAAAAAGUUAAGUCAUUUUUCCUAUCUUGUAUUUUCUUGUGAACAAUCCAAAUUUAUAUUUCAGUUACAGUGGACAGGAAGCACAGGUUGCCUGCUUAAAAACUCAGUGCACCUGUAUUUCGUAUCCUGACCAUGUAAUUUUGCAAAGGACAGAAAUGAUCACAAACUGUCCUUUUAUUCAAAGUUGUUUUUUUUUUAAAAAAAAUUAAAGUCUUAGCAUCAUCUUUUUAAAAAAACUUUAACCAUUUUUAUAUACCCCAGGCUUCUGAUCAGAAAUGUUGUAUUCAGAUAUUUAAAAUACGCCUGUUUUUGAAAUUCUACAGAAUGUUGUUUCCGUUCCAUGAGGCAGGACCACAGUCUGCAAGGCCUGCUCUAGUUGUCCCCUUUCUUUUUACCAGUUAUAAAGCACACAUUGCAAGAUCACAGUGGUGGCAUGGAUGUCUGGACAUAUGCCCAGGUGAUCAUAUUUUGGCCAACAAGAUUCCACAAAGUGC